GUGGCCGAGUAGCCCCGGGCGGGGCCGAGGAGGGGCUCGGCUGUGUCCAGCCAGGCAGCGUCCCGCGCCUAGUGCUGGCAGGUCGCAUCAGGUUGGCGUGGAGGGAUCUGCGGAGGAGCCCUUCAUUCUUCUGCCAAGCCGUCACUACCACUCAGACCGGGUUCAGAUGGACUUGGUCGGGUGGCCCCACUGCCUGCUCCUUCCUUAGCGGGGGAUUGAUUGAUGCCCCAGAACCUUGAAGAGAAGAACCAGGCCCAUCCUCACCGCCGCCGCCGCCGCAGCCACGCAGGCCAGAAAAGCUCUGAGGUCGUUGCAGCAGCAGCAGCCAUGUACACCUUCCUGCCCGACAACUUCUCGCCUGCCAAGCCCAAGCCAUCUAAAGAGGUGAGGCCGCUACUGGGCUCCGCAGUGCUGGGGCUGAUACUGGUGCUGGCAGCGGUCGUGGCCUGGUGCUACUACAGCGCCUCCCUACGCAAAGCGGAGCGCCUGCGCGCUGAGCUGCUGGACCUCAACCGAGGUGGCUUCUCCAUCCGCAACCAGAAAGGCGAACAGGUCUUCCGCUUGGCCUUCCGUUCCGGCGCAUUGGACCUCGACUCCUGCAGCCGCGACGGCGCCAUGCUAGGCUGCUCGCGCACCGCAGAAGGGCGCCCGCUGCAUUUCUUCAUCCAGACCGUGCGGCCCAAGGACACUGUCAUGUGCUACCGUGUGCGCUGGGAGGAAACGGCACCCGGGCGCGCCGUGGAGCACACCAUGUUCCUGGGCGACGCUGCAGCACACUGGUACGGUGGCGCCGAGAUGAGGACGCAACACUGGCCCAUCCGUCUGGAUGGCCAGCAGGAGCCGCAGCCCUUCGUCACCAGCGAUGUCUACUCUUCCGACGCCGCUUUCGGGGGAAUCCUAGAGCGCUACUGGCUGUCAUCGCGCGCUGCUGCCAUCAAAGUCAAUGAUUCAGUGCCCUUCCACCUGGGCUGGAACAGCACAGAGCGUUCCCUACGGCUCCAGGCGCGCUACCAUGACACGCCCUACAAGCCUCCCGCCGGCCACAUCGCAGCGCCCGAGCUCAGCUACCGUGUGUGUGUGGGCUCAGAUGUCACCUCCAUCCACAAGUACAUGGUGAGGCGUUACUUCAACAAGCCAUCCAGAGUGCCAGCGCCCGAGGCCUUCCAACACCCCAUCUGGUCCACGUGGGCAAUAUACGGGCGCGCUGUGGACCAGGACAAGGUGCUGCGUUUCGCCCAGCAAAUCCGCCAGCAUCACUUCAACAGCAGCCACCUGGAAAUCGAUGACAUGUACACGCCUGCCUAUGGCGACUUCGACUUUGAUGAGGCCAAGUUCCCCAACGCCAGCAACAUGUUCGACCGCCUGCGCGAGGCUGGCUUCUCCAUCACGCUUUGGGUGCACCCGUUCGUCAACUACAACUCCUCUCGCUUUGGCGAGGGCGUGGAGCGCGAGCUGUUCGUGCGAGAGCCCACCGGCCGGCUGCCCGCGCUAGUGCGCUGGUGGAACGGUAUCGGCGCCGUGCUCGACUUCACACACCCAGAGGCCCGCGACUGGUUCCACAGUCACCUGCAGCGGCUGCGCUCGCGUUACGGCGUGGCCUCCUUUAAAUUUGACGCGGGUGAGGUCAGCUACCUGCCGCGGGACUUCAGCACCUACAGGCCCCUACCAGACCCCAGCGUAUGGAGCCGGCGCUACACUGAGAUGGCACUGCCUUUCUACUCGAGGGCCGAGGUCCGAGUGGGGUACCAGUCACAGAACAUCUCAUGCUUCUUCCGCCUCGUGGACCGAGACUCGGUGUGGGGCUACGACUUGGGGUUGCGCUCGCUCAUCCCCGCCGUGCUCACUGUCAGCAUGCUGGGCUAUGCAUUCAUCCUGCCAGAUAUGGUUGGCGGCAACGCGGUGCCCGAGCGUACAGUGGGCGGUCCCAAUGGGCCAGAGCGCGAGCUCUAUGUGCGCUGGCUGGAGGUAGCCGCUUUCAUGCCAGCCAUGCAAUUCUCAAUCCCGCCCUGGCAAUACGGCGCUGAAGUGGUGGCCAUCGCGCACAAGUUCGCAGCACUUCGGGCUUCACUUGUGGCACCGCUGUUGCUGGAGCUUGCUGGUGAGAUCACUGACACUGGCGACCCCAUCGUGCGCCCCCUUUGGUGGAUCGCACCUGGCGACGAGACGGCUCAUCGCAUUGACUCUCAAUUCCUUAUCGGGGAUACGCUUCUUGUGGCGCCUGUGCUGGAGCCAGGCAAGCAGGAGCGUGACGUCUACCUGCCCGCUGGCAAGUGGCGAAGCUACAAGGGUGAGCUUUUCGACAAGACGCCUGUGCUGCUCACAGAUUACCCAGUUGAUCUGGAUGAGGUCGCCUACUUCACCUGGGUGUCCUGAUCUGGUCCAGGACAGGGAAUCUCACAGCCCUAGCUCCAGCCUUCGAGCAGAGUUUAACCCUCCUUCACACUCAAACCUUCAUCCCCAGGAAGUCACCACCUCUCUACCAACCAGUACUUGGGUGCUGACUUAAGAGUGCUGGAGUCAACUGCUAUGGGUGAGACCUAGGGAGGGAAAGUUGAAGCAACCUCUGACUCCAGUGCACAACCUAACAGUCCCCUGUCCUCCCACACUUGCUACAGUCGGCAGAAACCUCUUCUCUAUGGUAGAGGCAGAGAGCUCAGAGGAGAGGUUGGCUUUCUGUCUGUUAAACACCAUCUGGUUUUAAAAGCACAGGAAGUGGGCCAGGGAUUUAGCGCAGUGGCACUGUGCAAGUGCAAGGUCCUGAGUUCCUCCCCAGUACCAACAAAAACAAUCAAAAAAAGCACACAGAGAAACAUCUUCCCUCCAUCCUAGCCUUCACAGCCAUCUUUGUCCUUCUAAGGUGGGAACUCAGUCCUCUUUUAAAAUCCCAAAAUAGUCCCUGCCACACUUAGAAAUUGUGCAUUCUUGGUGUUAGAAGCCAGGCCAUGAGUUCUCAGCAGAUGCUUGAACUGUGGCUGACCUGGUCCCACUCCAGCUGGGGGAAUGGCCGAUUGACAAGGAGGCAAGGGCUCCCCCUGGGGAGCAGGGCGUCACUGUUAUCCCUAUUUGUGAAGCCUCCUAACACUGCACUAACCCAUCUGUGUACAUGGGCUUAGCCAUGGGCCUGGUGUGCUGAUGGGCAGACUUGUAGGGCCACACAGGCCAGACUUAAGCCUUAACUGAAGAAUGCAUGCACAUGUGUGUGCGCUUGCGCGCGGUGUGUGUGUGUGUGUGUGUGUGUGUGUGUGUGUGUGUGUGUGUGCGAGCGCGUGCGCACUCGUGUCCACAAGUAUGUGAGUGAAAGGGGAAGAAUGGCACACCAUGGGUCCUGAAUCUCUGUAGAAUGAGCACAACAUCUUGGAGGCAAGAUCAGCCUGGAAGGUGGGGACAGGGGCAAAUUCCAGGCUUUAAUUGUUGAGCUGGCCUUUGCCCAGGUGGUUUCCCUGGGACUCUGAUAGGAAAUAAACAGCUCUUUCAAGA